GUAUUUCAUGCAUGGAGUUUGCAAGGAAGGGAACAAUUGCCGUUACUCCCAUGAUCUUUCCACAAGUCAGUCUGCUAUGGUGUGCAGGUAUUAUCAGCGAGGAUGCUGUGCUUACGGAGAUCGUUGCCGAUAUGAACAUACCAAGCCAUUGAAGCGGGAAGAAGUGACUACUGUGAAUCCAGCUGCAAAAAGUUAUCCCUCAGCAUCUUCAGACCUCCCAUCUCUCCCUGAAGCACUUGAAACAAGCACUGGUGAGACUGAAGUUGAAGAUACAGAUCUGGCAGCUACAGGAGCAGGUGCUGAAGACUGGGUGAAUGCUGUAGAAUUUGUCCCUGGGCAACCAUAUUGUGGACGUGCAGCCCCUUCCUGCAUUGAAACGCCCUUGCAGGGAAUGGUAAUUGAGGAAGAGUAUGAGAAACAGCAAGCAAACGUGGAGAUGAAGAAGCAACUGUGCCCCUACGCUGCCGUAGGAGAAUGUCGUUAUGGAGAGAACUGCGUGUAUAUCCAUGGGGAUGUGUGUGAUAUGUGUGGCUUGCAGGUCCUACAUCCAGUUGAUGCUGCCCAGAGAUCCCAACACAUAAAGUCUUGCAUUGACGCUCAUGAGAAGGACAUGGAGCUCUCAUUUGCUGUCCAGCGUAGUAAAGAUAUGGUGUGUGGGAUCUGCAUGGAGGUGGUAUAUGAAAAAGCUAACCCCAGUGAACGCCGCUUUGGGAUCUUGUCCAACUGCAACCAUACUUACUGUCUCAAGUGCAUCCGCAAGUGGAGGAGCGCUAAACAAUUUGAGAGCAAGAUUAUAAAGUCCUGCCCAGAAUGUCGGAUCACAUCUAACUUUGUCAUUCCAAGUGAGUACUGGGUGGAGGAGAAGGAAGAGAAGCAGAAACUCAUUCAGAAAUACAAGGAGGCAAUGAGCAACAAGCCAUGCAGGUAUUUUGAUGAAGGCCGUGGGAGCUGUCCAUUUGGAGGGAACUGUUUUUACAAACAUGCAUAUCCUGAUGGUCGCCGAGAGGAGCCACAGAGACAGAAAGUGGGAACAUCAAGUAGAUAUCGGGCCCAGCGAAGGAAUCGGUUCUGGGAAUUCAUUGAGGAGAGGGAGAGCAGCGAUCCCUUUGAGAACGACGAAGAUGAGGUGGUGACCUUUGAGCUCGGCGAGAUGUUGCUCAUGCUUUUGGCAGCAGGCGGUGAUGAUGAGUUGACAGACUCCGAGGACGAGUGGGACUUGUUUCACGACGAGUUGGAAGAUUACUAUGACUUGGAUCUAUAGCACCUGUCAGUGGAGUUUGGACUGUCUGCUCAGCAUCAGGCAGUAGCUCUUUCCUGUGGUGUUGUGGCAGUGCCUGUGUUUCUCCUAGGCAGGCCUAUCAAUUCCAGGUGCUGUUGUAAUAACUUUUACCCAGGGUCUGUCUCCUCCCCUUGCCCCAGGAGUGUUUGUUUUUCUCUGUUUAAACAAAUAACAAGAAAUCUUUAAAACGUUAGUUUUUGUAAAAUGAAUUAACUGUCAAACAGUUAGCUUAGGUUUGUUGCUUCAUCUGUGUUCCUGACAGGAUUCACCCAGUUCCAGGGUUAAAAUGUUUACAGGACUUUCACACUCAUCUUGAAGAGCCCAGAUACAAAAAUGAGAGCAGUGGCCAUGCAGUGGGGGAUAUGAAUUAGCCAGAGGCCUUUUUCUGCUGUGGACUUCAAAUCAAUACUUCCAGUUUCAGGCCAGACACACGUACUUCUUGCUGGCUUCAGCUCUGUUCCAACCCCCUCAUGUACACAUCUUCAUUUGUGGUUUUGGUCUCUUGUUUACUUGCACAUUACUAUUACUACUGUGUUACCAGAACCAGGUGCGAAUGUUCCAGGUUUUUACUGUGUUUAGCAUGAAAGGAAAAUGUGUUUGUACGUGAAAGGAGAACUUUCUAUGUGUAUAAACAAAUAAACGCAGAGUUGGAUCUCAAGGGCUGGGAGAUUUUUGUAUGUUUUAAAAAAACGCACCUCUCCUCCCCUUUUGGUGUAUGAAUUGUAGCUUCCAGUUGGACAUGAAACUAGUUUAGUGGUCUCAGCCCUGUCUGUGACAAUGGUCUUAACCAUCAGAGAUAAUUUAGCACUCCUUAAUACACCAGCUCUCUCUAAUGUAUAUUAUAGGGACUGGCUAAAAGUAGGAAUCUGGUUAGACAGAAGAGGGCUUUCACCAUAUUGUUAUCCAGUAGAACAUCAAGUUGGAAUCCCUUACGUGCAUUGCUCACAUAGUUUUAUAUAAUUGAUAAUCACUCAAGCCAUGAGCUUAUCCAGGAAAUCACUAUAGUACUGGGUUCAAGGCACUGAUGGCUCAUAUCUCAUCUGAGUUAUGCAGGUUGCCUAGAAGAGCUGCACAACUUGUUGUAAGUUACUGGGUUACCUAGAGAAGAACUAGCAGUCAUACAAUAGCAGGAUACAAUUCCACUGAGAAAAGCUCAUAUUUUGCCACCAAAGGUCCAAUGCAGGAAUCUUAACUUUGCGUUAAAUUAUUGCUGCUUUUUAAUGAUUCAUGGAUGCCCCAUGAUUUGUUCUGCUGCUGCUCUUGCCUUGAGACAGCCUCUCCUUUCACUUUUAAAAUGGAAUAAGAAGUUGUUGCUGAGGUCUAUGAUGUAUUGUUCUGCAGCUGCCUUUUGUAAGCACUUUUCCCAAAUAAAAAACAAACAAACAAUUAAA